AUGACACGAUAGAUAACUGGAAAAUAAUCGACUAACAUUUUGCGUUGAGUUUCAUUCUGUUAGAAUCACAUCAAUAGAAGGGAAGGGCGUGUGGCAUUGCAAUUCCAUGCAAUUUUCAUUAAUUGGGUUUAUGUGAAUAAUCUUCAUCUGAAACGGAUCUAUAAGAAGAUGAAAACUUGGUGCUUACAUUGAUCAGAAAUCGAACAAGAAGUCGAUAUUUGGGUAACGAAGGAACUGUCUUCAUUUAGACGGAUAUUCAAUACUAGGCGGGAUACUAGAUAAUAGCUUCUAAAUCGGCAACAAUGGCGUCAUGCUCGUCACUUCGUCAGCUCGGUCGUACCGUCUGCCGUCAGAAGAAAGUUGAAUACGAUCUCAGUUCGACACCUCUCGAUCGAUGUCUCUCCACGGCCGAUCUAUCGCUCAUUGCUAUCGGUUGCAUGCUGGGAUCCGGUGUUUAUGUAUUGACCGGAGAGAUUGCUGGUGAAAUGGCCGGGCCUGCAGGCACCGUCUCAUUCUUGAUAUCUGGUCUCGUAGCCCUGAUGGCAGCAAUGUGCUACAUGGAAUGUGCUACACGCCUUCCGGAGACGGGUGCCUCCUACCUCUACGCCUACGUCAGCUUCGGCGAGAUCUUCGCCUUCAUGAUCGGGUGGAAUGCCAUCAUUCUCAGAGUCAUGUCGGUGGCGCUAGUCUCGCGAGGCUGGAGUGCUUACUUCGACAAUGUCAUCAAUGGCGUGGUGGGAAACUGGACAGUCGAGGUAAUCCUCGAUGGAGAACCUUGGGACUCGCCUCUGCUGGGGAACUACCCGGACUUCUUGGCUGCAGGAAUCGCAUUUCUGGUGUGCAUCCUAGUCGCGGUUGGGACGUCUAUCUCCGCCCGCGCCAAUGGUUUCUUCGUCACCAUCAAUGUCAUCACCGUCGCACUCGUGCUCGUCACAGGAUUCGUCUACGCCGACUUUGAUAAUCUCACCCAUCCUGAUGGGUACUUCCCGUUUGGUUUCAACGGCAUCUUGACAGGUGCUGCGGCUUGUUUUACCGGCUAUUGCGGUUUCGAAGCGGUUGCAUUCAGCGCCGAGGAGGCCAAGGAUCCAAGUCGAGGACUUCCCAUCGGUGUCAUCAUAGGUUUCCUGGUAUCCAUACUGUGCUACUCAGGUGUUCUCUUUUCCCUGACAGCAAUGGUACCGUAUACAGAUAUCAACGUCGAAUCUCCCUUCGUAUCUGCCUUCGGAGCGGUAGGGGCAAACUGGAUGCAGUAUGUUGUUGCGGUAGGAGCACUUUGCAGCAUGACUGGAUGCAUCAUCAACUGCGUCUUCUGUGUCGCUCGAUGCAUCUACGCUCUUGCCCGCGAUGGGCUCCUACCAAAGUUCCUAGGCUACACUCAUCCGGUGUCAAAGACACCCGUAACUUCGACCCUCUUCGGUGGAAGCUUGUCCGUCGUCAUCACCAUCUUCAUCGACUUCGUCUCCUUGAUCCAGUUCCUGUCUCUUGUUGCCUUCAUAGAGUUCAUCAUCGUAAUCGCCUCGUCGAUCAUGCUGCGGUACCGUCCCGACCAAGAUGUUAGUGGCUAUGCUUCCUUAGGUGGUAGCAACACUCACGUAACGGAAGUCAGUCACGUCCCAAACGGCAACAUUCAGAAUGGAAGUGCACCGAAUGGCGGCACCCCCAACGGGAAAGGUCACAACCAUCAUCGUCACCAUCGCAACAGCGCCGAGACCACACCUUUGCUCAGCACAAACGGGAAACCGCAUCCGAAAAGGUGUUACCAGGACAGCAGUUUGAAGAGGAUGGGUGCCGCCAACCCUGGUCCAACUGUCGCUCUAUCCAUAAUCGGUUUUGUUGGGUUCUCCUGCGGCGCUAUGGUGCUCCUGUCCUAUUUUUUAGAGGAGAUCAGUUCGGGGAGUGUGCCAUACAUCUGCGUCCUCAUCGCGUUUCUUCUCCUGGCAGUCAUCGCCUGCAUACCCUUAGUCAGGCUGCCUCAGUAUGGGGAAAAUGUGCCUUUCAAGGUACCUCUAAUGCCAUAUUUCCCCCUUGUUAGUCUCCUUGCGAAUGUUUUCUUAAUGGUUCAGUUCAGCGCCAUUGCUUUCAUGGAAUUUGGUAUCUGGACAGCCAUUGGACUAGUGGUCUAUUUCAUCUAUGGUGUCAGGCACAGUCACGAAUCCGACAAUUACAAACAUCGGAUAUCAAGACACGUAGACGUACAACCGAAUGGUGCUGUUACGGAAUCGAUACCGAUAACAAGGGACUUCGAGACCUCGGAUCGCGGUUCACGACGAUCGAGCGCCGAUAACAACGCAUACUGGGCCGGCGAUAGUCUGAUGACGUCGUCAGAAACGAGCUUUGCCGGUUGUUGACGAGAAGUGACGAGAUUUGACGAGAGAUGACGAAAUAUUGAGUUUCUGAUUAUUUCUGAGAAUGCCUGGUUGUUUCAAUGAUCAUUACAGUUGUGUCAUGUAUGUAACAUCCGUCUUAUCAAUGAAAAGUGUUAAGAUAUUUUCAUCAUUUUAUACAAGACUGUAACCCAAUGUGGGACCAAAAGUUGAAAAAGGAUAUAUAUAUUUCGUUAAUAAGGAUUGUUUCUUAUUGGUAUUAUUGGUAUUCACUUUUAAAUAUCGAUGAAAUACCUCUAAAACACCUGGAGGAAAGAAAAUUUCAGAAAUAAAUCCGAAUUGCAUAUGAUUUCUGAAAAUCAUAUACGAUUAAGAAUUACUUUAACAUUGGUUGGCCAACUUUAGUGUAAAUGCAGAUAAAAAUGCCCAUGAUUAUGCAAAUGCGUACAUUCAUAAUGUUUUGAAUCUAUAUUUUCCUUUAAAACAUAUUUUCAUCCAUACUCCUGUUUAAAAGAAUGAUUAUGAGUAACCAGGGGGCCGUUUCAUAAAGCUGUUCGUAAGUUAAGAGCGACUUUAAGAACGACUGGUGAACCCUUCUUACGCGCUAAACAAUCGUCAAUUCAAUAUACCAUUUACCACAAGAAAGGAUCACCAGUCGUUCUUAAAGUCGCUCUUAUCUUACGAACAGCUUUAUGAAACACCCACCAGUUGUAUCAUAUUAAACCAUUGUUGCCUAUUCCAACAUUGCCUGUGAUUGUUUGUUAUCAAUGUCAGGAUCAUAAAAGAGAGAUGAUAAUAGACACUCUUGUUUUAUACCAUAAAUUGUGUUAAAUUUAAACAUGUUUUAAUAUGUACAAUUCAUUAUAUACGCCAUUUUGAUGAAUUUGGUCAACUGGGAAUGAAUAUUAACCAAAAGCAGUAGAAUGUAUUUUAUAUUCCUCGUUUCUAUUUUCAUGUCAGAUUGGUACCAUUAAUUGCUUAGUUGAUUUCGUUUUACAUAGAAUUUAAUGAGUACGUGAAGAAGUGUAUAUAGUACACUGUGAAAAUAAAUCAAUCAAUAAUGACUAGUUAAUAGGGUCAGCUGGGUGCAACUGUUAUUCUAGUCAUAUUUGAUUAUUUUCCAGUCGUAUUUUACUAGAACAGAGUUAUUUCUGACUAUAUGUCAAAAAUGUGACUAGACAUAUCAGUUGCACCCAGCUGACUUUGAUUUUAUCAAGCACGAAUGCUCAGUCUGAUUUUCAAGUUGGCAUAGUAGCUCAGAAUUCGCAUUAAAUUUUGCAUUACCAACCCCUAUCGCUAUCUGUCUCUCCAUGCCCCCCCUCCCCUCUCUCUCUCUUUCACUUACCUUUACUUUCAUUUCUUCCCCUCACUUUAUCCCAAUAUUACUAUCGCUAUAUGUGGAUUUUAUUCUGAAUAAGUGCAAUGCGUAGAAUACUUAAGCUGAAAUAGUCCAUCUUCCAUUUACCGUGGGAUUUUUGCUGGCAUAUACAAUGACGUUAUCAUGUAGUACAUCUGCUUCACAAAAGUAGAUGUGCAAACAAGGCAAAAUAAAUACUCCACAUACAUUUCAAA